AUGAACAGAAUCAGGAAACGCGACAAUUCCGAAGAUGAAGAAACCGAUGUCAGCAAAUUAAACACCAAUUCACUCGAUCAAAAUCUGUAUUUAAUAACCAAUAGCAAGUCAAAAGAGCCAUUAAGCAUCAACAUAGCCAUGUUUGAACAACCCCUUCUAAAAUUAACCCUCGUCGACAUUCUAGAAGCCACCAACAACUUCUGUAAAUCAAACAUCGUCGGCGACGGCGGAUUCGGCACAGUCUACAAAGCAAAAUUACCAGAUGGAAAAAUCGUCGCAGUCAAGAAACUAAACAAAUCAAAAACCCAAGGACAACGAGAGUUCUUAGCUGAAAUGGAAACAAUCGGGAAAGUAAAACACCAAAAUCUUGUCCCAUUGUUAGGGUAUUGUUCUUUCGGUGAAGAAAAGCUUCUCGUUUACGAAUACAUGGUGAACGGAAGUUUGGAUCUAUGGUUACGAAACCGAACCGGCGGUUUAGAAAUCUUGAACUGGACCAAACGGUUCAAGAUCGCAAUCGGGUCAGCCCGUGGGUUAGCCUUUUUGCACCAUGGAUUCAUCCCACAUAUCAUUCAUCGAGACAUUAAAGCUAGUAACAUUUUACUCAACGAAGAUUUUGAACCUAAAGUUGCUGAUUUUGGGCUUGCUAGGUUGAUUAGCGCAUGUGAGACUCACGUGAGCACUGAUUUAGCCGGAACUUUUGGUUAUAUUCCGCCGGAAUAUGGUCAAAGCUGGAGGUCAACGACAAGGGGUGAUGUUUAUAGCUUUGGUGUGAUUCUUCUUGAAUUGGUCACCGGAAAAGAGCCCACUGGGCCUGAGUUUAAGGAUAUUGAAGGUGGGAAUUUGGUUGGGUGGGUUUUGAAGAAGAUGAAGAAAGGUCAGGUUGUUGAUGUUCUUGAUCCAACGGUUGUCAAUGGUGCUUCGAAACAGGCGAUGAUCAAGACUGUUCAGAUUGCUGCCAUCUGUCUCUCGGAAAAUCCAGCUAGUCGCCCUAGUAUGCUUCAUGUGUUUAAGUUCUUGAAAGCCAUCAAAAAUGACUUCUUGUGA